AGCACUGUAGGGGGCGGAGAUGUGAUGUAGCGAUAAAAAAUAAAUGUGGAUUAAAAAAUGAGGUAAAAUCAGCUGAAGGUCUCUGUCUGCCGUAUAAAAGGCGUACCAGCUGUUCAGAAAAGGAAUAAGUGUAAUCAAAGCCUUGGCCAGGUGCCCCGUGUGAUCUCUUUGCGGCACUUCUGAAGGCACAAUGGGGAAUACAAGCAGCGAAAGGGCAGCUGUUGGGCAGGGCGAGAAAGCCCAUCGCAGAGACAGCCGUGGAGCUAAGGAGGGGGAUCGUCCAAAAAUCCUGAUGGACAGUCCUGAAGAUGCUGAUAUUUUUCACGGGGAUGACAUUAAGGCUCCUUUAGAGAAAGAAGAGUUUCUUGACUGGAGGCAGGACAUAGAGGGCAGAGAUAAAGGUCCCUUGGCACGACCCACUGUAUUUCGCUGGACAGGUGUAGGGAAAGAAGUCUAUAUCUCUGGAUCCUUUAACAACUGGACAAAUAAGAUUCCUCUGACUAGGAGUCAAAACAAUUUUGUGGCAAUUGUGGACUUACCUGAGGGUGAACACCAGUAUAAAUUCUAUGUGGAUGGACAAUGGACGCACGACCCCUCAGAGCCUGUAGUGACCAAUCAGCUGGGCACUGUCAACAACAUCAUUCAGGUGAAGAAGACAGACUUUGAGGUUUUCGACGCCCUCAUGGUGGACUCGCAGAAGUGCUCUGACAUGUCAGAUUUAUCAAGCUCUCCUCCUGGUCCAUAUCAUCAGGACGCUUACGUCCCCAAACAGGAUGAGAAGUUCAAGUCUCCCCCCAUCCUCCCCCCUCACCUUCUACAGGUCAUCCUCAAUAAGGACACAGGCAUCUCAUGUGACCCUGCCUUACUCCCUGAGCCAAAUCACGUCAUGCUGAACCACCUCUACGCUCUGUCCAUCAAGGACGGAGUAAUGGUCCUCAGUGCCACACAUCGUUAUAAGAAGAAGUACGUCACCACUCUGCUGUACAAACCAAUCUGACUGAUGCCAGCUCAUAAACUACACUGCAUCUGCCACGCUUCUGUUUGUUCCACCCUGAAGAACUGCUGUCUAGUGUAGGUUUAUUCCUCUCCCUUUUUGGUUUUUAUUAGUGCUUCUGUGGGGUUGAUGCCAAGUGCUCAGCAUUUGGGUGUUGCCAAGUGAAUACAGGCAUAAAUAACAAUAUCAUUGCAGAAAUAAACCCCACCCACUUUGGUAACUGAGCCAAAGCACAUGUAUAUGACUGCUUGGAUCAUGUAGGUACUCUCCAAGCCAUAUCAGAUCCCAGAAUAUGGUUCUGGUUGGAACAAAACAUUGUAUCUCUUUUUUGUCAUGAUUUAUUUUUUGACAUGAUUUGAAAACACCAGCUGUCCUUUACAUUGUGUGGUUUUUCUUGAUGAAUGGAUGAGCGGACCAAUAGAAAUGCUCCAAAAUUGGAAUAAACAGAUAAUUAGUAAAAUUGGAUUAUUAAAAUAUUUGGAAACUGAAAAGCAAUUUGAAUAAAUGGUUCUUUUACCCAAUUUUAUGAAAGCACACGCUUCAAUGCACCAAAUUCUAUCAGUUUUAUUUCUGAAGCUAAAUGCUAGCAAGUCAGCAGCAGCAGUGCAUCUAAAGAGAGAAAGAAUCUGCCUGCACUUUAUGCAAAAGCAGCGAUUUAAACUCUUUUUUCAUGUUGCUCAAACCUUUCCUGUCAAAGCGGCAGUGACAUCUCGGCAGUAGUCAGACGUCUAUAUUAGAGCUCUAAUUUCAGUGGAUAGUGUUGGUUUAAAUUGCCUGCCAGAGUCCAAAUGCUUUCUGAGAAUUUUCUGAGAAUAAACGAGAAUAUGCAGGUUAGAGAGCCAUCCAUCCGGAGCAGAAACUUAUUAAAACUGCCCAAGAUGUUAAGAGUAAUACAGUUUAGUGCACACUAGAAUAUAUAGCAGCUUAAAAAACUUUCAGUUGUGUGCACCCAGUUAAAACUGUUUUUUGAUUUUCUAUGUAAAAAUACCACAUUCCCUACAUGGAACAAAUUGAAAUGUAACAUUUUCUGCAAAUUCGUGUACAGUUUCUAUGUUUUUUUCAGUUGAACUUAUUGGGGAUAAAAUAAAAUGUAAAAUAUAAAAUGUGCCAUAACUUU